AUGAAGCUAGCCUCUAGCCUUUUGGGCGCGAGCCUCCUCCUCGGCCACGUCCUCGCGCAGGCGCCGCCAGAUGCUCCCGGCGAUGAUGGGCCCAACGACGGCAUCGACUGGGACUGGAUUGACUGGGCUGACUGGAGCACUUGGUGGGACUGGGUUCGGGAUUGGGAUGAUUUGAUACCCAAACAGGGAACUGCUGACGAGCCCCUGUCCUCCGACAAACCUCUUGACAUCUUUCAAACCGUGACGGCGCAGCCGUACAUCUCCCGGCCACCGGGCGGAGAGCGCCCCACCGGCCCAGGCAGCAGUGCCUCCCAGCUCUCGGGCUCGGGUGCUUUUGAAGGCACGACCUCGCCCUAUUCCACGUCCGGUGCGGAGGAGACGAGCUUGAUUUCCCGGUGCCGAGCAGCACUGGAAUCGACAUUCCCCGAGGUUUCGGAAACGGCUGGCGCGAGCGAGGGCUGGACCGUCAUCUGGUCCGCGGGAACCUCGCCAAGCGUUGACCUCUGGUCGACGACUGCCGCUCCGGAAGAAACGGGCAUCUCCGUACCUCCGUUCCCGUUCCCGUCGGGGGCGACCUCUCAACGCGCGGACCCUUCAGUGGGCCAGCCUCGCCAAGCUCCUCUGGGAGACCGGUGCCUCCAUGUCGCCGGCUUUACAGACGUCCCAAACUCCACAGAUUUGCCCGGGUGGACCGACGUGCCUAUUCCCGGCUUCACAGACUUACCGGACGUCACUGAUGUUACUAAUGUUCCCACCGCAACUACCGAAACAGAGCUUUCCGGGUUUACCGAGGUGUCCAGCUCUCCAACGGCCUCGAGUCCGAGCGAGACGGCCGACUUCACUGACAUCUCCGGGCCAACAAACGCCCCGGGCUUCUCGGACGUUCCUGGCGUAACUGAUACGCAGAGCGUGAUUGAUAUCUCGAGCGUCGCCGGCCUCCCAGAAGAAACUCAGACAACUGAGCUCACUGAUCUCCAGGGGGUACCAGUAGCCCCAGGGCGACGGAUACCUCGAGCUCUAGCGAAGUCCCUACAGGGACCGAAGUAUGUGAUCUCGUCUACAGGUCCCCCUGGGAUUACUGACCUUCCCGGUGUUACGGACCUUCCUGGGGUUACCGAUAUACCGGGCUUCACAGACCUUCCUGGGGUUACCAACCUUCCUGGAUUUACUGAUAUACCGGGCGUCACAGACCUCCCUGGAGUUACCGACCUUCCAGGAUUCACAGACCUUCCUGGGGUUACCGACCUUCCAGGAUUUACCGAUAUACCGGGCUUCACAGACCUUCCCGGAGUUACUGACCUGCCAGGAUUUACAGACCUUCCUGGAUUUACCGAUCUACCUGGUGUUACCGACAUCCCGGGAUUCACAGACCUUCCUGGAGCAACGGACCUCCCGGGCCUCACAGACCUUCCAGGCUUUACGGAUCUUCCCGGCCUCACCGAUAUUCCCGGCAUCACGAACCUGCCCGGCUUCACAGAUGUUACAGAAACCGCCGCCAUUCCUACCGAGACCACUGUUCCUGCCUCGGCCGAAAACUGGUCCACUCGGCCUAUAAGCAUACUUCCCAUCUCAGAGGCAACGGGCGGCUCCACCGAAGCCGCACCCCCGGGCCUGACAAGAUCAGUCGAGCCCACCUUCUCUACUGUGAUAGUGAGGAAGAAAGGUGCUGGCGAAGUGGAAUGA